UCACAAUAUCAUUUGAGUUUUGAUCAUUUGUUGACUGUUGUGAAUUUAUUUUUUCUUCAAUUUUUUAUUUGUAAUUUAUGUAUUAUCUCAAAAUGAGUGUUUCGAUACAAAGUCCAUCUAUGAAUUCAUCAGUAACUUCGUCACAGUUGGAUAGUUUUGAAGACAUGGCUGUUUCGAACGUGAAAAAAUAUCUAAAAGACGUACUAAGAUCGCGAAUUUUCUUAGGUCGCUAUUUGGAGAGAAGACUUGUAGAUCAGCAAAUUGGAUACCGUGAUAUUGUAUUAAUAAGUCCUGCUGAGAAAGAGUUAUUAAGAGAUUUGUUAGAAACAGUACAUAAACUGCUCUCAGUGUAUCCAAAUUUACAUUGGAUUGGCAUUACGAACUCCGAUACUUUGAACAUAAAUGUUUCGUCGAGUUUGUGCUUAUGGACAGAAAUUGAUAAUGAACCUUUUGGCGCAUUUUGGUUUCAAGUUAAAGGUAUAAAAUUUAGAGAUAAUGAAGUAUUAAUUGCUUUAAAAUGCAUAAGGCAUAUAACAGAAGCAUAUUUAGAGCUAGAACCAAUAUUGACGGGCGCAACAAAGAAGGAUAUCACAAUUAAACCAAAAGAAAGCCAAGUAGAAGAAAAAACUCAAAUAACUGAAAGUAUCAAUGAUAUUAAAGAGACAUUGAAGAGUGCAUUGUCAAUAAGAAAUGUUAAGGAAUUUUUUACAUUUAUAUUUGCAUUUAUCAUUGCAUUAUUCACUGGAAGUACUGCUUUUGUAAACUUUCUUGGAAACUUUAUAUUAGCAUUGUUAAGAGAAUUUUCCAUAUUGGUAAAAAAUUCUACACCAGUGUUUUUGGGUACUCUAGAUUUUUUCAGUAAGAUAAUAGGUGGAUUUUACAUUUUAGUUGCAAUGAUCUUUAGACCUAGUAAUCCUGUUCCACAGAAUAAAAGAAGUCUCACAUAUGAAAGAACAAAUCAUUAUGAUCAUAGAAAUGUUGACUGAUAAUAUAUUAUAAUCAUCAUACAUUUUAGACAAGGUUUUGUCAUGAUCCUAAUGCUAGAUCUCAUUAAGAAAUAUAUUUUUACCAGAAUUUAUCAUUCAUAAGAUAUGCUUAUUCCAUUAUGCAUUUAAUUAGUUUUGAAGAUAAACAGUUAUUUAUAAAACAAAACAGGAUAUCUGCGGUCAUUUGUAUAUUAAUAUUACCAAUGUUCUUUUUAUGACUCAAAAGGAUAUGGAGAAAAAUGUAAUGGAGUUUUGUAAAAAAUAUUAAGACAGCAAUCUAUAUGUUCUAUUAAUUUAUUACAAAAAUAAAUAUGUAACCAUAUUUAAGAACUGUUAACAUCAUUUUAUUGUAUAGGUUUUGCUAUAUUGUUUUAUAUUUGACUAAUAAAUUAUUAUUUAUUGUUGUA